UGUUGAUUGGCUAGAGAGCAGCGCUGCGGCCUUUCCUCUUCCGGCGGGCGCUGACCUUGCCCGGGAGCGGAGCGGAGCGGGGCGGGCGGGUUGCGGUGUGUGUGAGCGGCCGCCGGCAGCGAUGGUGGCGUACUGGCGGCAGGCCGGGCUCAGUUACAUCCGGUUUUCCCAGAUCUGCGCCCAAGUUGUGAGAGCGGCGAUGAAGCCUCAGUACAAAGCGGAGGCAGAGAGGGCGGCAGUGGCCACGGUGAAAACCGUGAAGCCCAAGAAGGAGUAAGCUGUAAGUCAGGAACUGAUGUGUGGUGAAUACUCCAGCACCAAAUGGCAAAGCUGUGGACAAGCUCAAGUCUCUGCAAUAUAAUGUCAUCACAUUAAUUGUAAAACAACUUGCCUCUAUAUACACAUCAUCAUGCUAAUAAAUGUAAUGUCUGUUAAACAAAUGCACGUGUGGGAAGUGGUGCUCUUCUUAAAACUAAGUGGUCCGUUUUGCAGAGACAUUCAUCUUUCACUUGUAUUAAAAUAAUGUUUGUAUCACAGUCUGCUAUUUCGUAGCAACAUGUGUUUAAGGCGCAUCUCUUGCUGGAUUUCAGGGCAAUAUUUCAAGUACAUAAAUAAGAGAUUUAAUCCUUGUUUAAAACGUUUCUGCCUACUUCAAUGAUUAUAACUUCAGAAAAAAGUGUUCUUUGCUAAAACCUAUUUCAACAGGGAAUAUAGGCAUAUAAUUGCAAUAAUUAGAAAUACCUCUGCUGGUUCCUGCUGGAA